UGAACCGGUGAGAUCCUCCUGCAUCUCGUAGAGAACGCGACGGAGAGAGAGAUAGAGAGGGCGAGUCCAUGGCUCUCUUUCGAUUUAUCCAUUCUCGGAAGCUUCAACCACUGUUUUUCAGUAAAAGUGUUGUUGCAAAUGUCGAUCAAUUCGAGCUGCCAUGCCUUGGGUCGCGUCGAGCUUUCUUCUCUACUCAGAAGCUCAUAGGCGAUGAACCAGUACUCGUUCGAGAUUUCAUACACACAGCAUUAUAUGAUCCAAAGCACGGCUACUUCUCUCAACUAUCAAAAUCUGUUGGGGUUUUGGAGAGAAGCAUUAAGUUCAACCAGCUUGAAGGAAGGAAAGCGUAUAUGAAACUCUUGGAAAAAGUAUACAAGCAGAGUGACAUUUCUUGGUUUACUCCCGUGGAGCUUUUCAAGCCUUGGUAUGCUCAUGGCAUUGCAGAAGCUAUACUGCGUACUACAAAUCUCUCAGUUCCAUUAAAGAUCUAUGAAAUUGGUGGUGGAUCCGGCACGUGUGCUAAGGGUGUAUUGGACUAUAUAAUGUUGAAUGCUCCAGAGAGAAUCUACAAUAACAUGAGCUACAUUUCUGUAGAAAUCAGUCCUUCACUGGCUAAGAUUCAAAAGGAAACUGUUGCACAAGUUGGAAGUCAUCUAUCAAAGUUCCGAGUUGAGUGCCGUGAUGCAUCUGAUCUAUCUGGAUGGAAGAAUGUGGAGCAACAACCGUGCUGGGUGAUAAUGCUUGAGGUGCUAGAUAAUCUCCCACAUGAUCUUGUCUAUUCCAAAAGUCAAAUUUCCCCAUGGAUGGAAGUCUUGGUUGAAAAUAAACCAGAGAGCGAAGCACUCUCUGAGCUAUACAAGCCUUUAGAAGAUCCACUGAUCAAGCGCUGCAUUGAAAUUGUUGAACAUGAAGAUGAACCGGUUUCAAAACGAAAGGAAGUCUGGUCUAAACUAUUCCCCAAACCUAGACGUAGUUGGCUUCCGACAGGUUGUUUGAAACUGCUAGAGGUUUUACAUACAAAGCUGCCAAAGAUGUCCCUAAUUGCUUCGGACUUUAGCUUCUUGCCCGAUGUGAAAGUUCCUGGUGAAAGAGCCCCAUUAGUUUCAACAAAGAAAGAUGGGUUUAGCUCAGAUUACAGUAGUUAUCUAGACGCAAAGGGUGAUGCUGAUAUAUUUUUUCCAACCGAUUUCUGGCUUUUGGAACGAAUGGACCAUUAUUGUUCUGGUUGGAGGAAGACGGAAAAGGACGGGACACCAUCGAAAAAAGGAAGGAAAAGGAGAACUCUCACGCUCGAUACAUCAGCAUUCAUGGAGGAGUUCGGUUUACCUUCAAAGACGAGAACAAAGGACGGAUAUAACCCCUUACUUGAUGACUUCAAGAACACUAAGUUCUAUCUUAGUGUCCCAACACACAACACUAAGUAGCAAGCAAAAGAUUCAUCAUCAUCAGCCCAUGGAUGUCAGAAUUUUGCAGAAAAUGAGAGCUUUCUCAAUUCCCUUUAAAGGGUUUAUUAGAACUCUGAUUACUUAUUUCUUCUCUUAUAUGAUUUAAUAAGUUUAAUCAAAUAUUCCAUGGCCCAGCUUUGUCUCGCGCCAGUUGGAUAUAGCUCCAAAACGUAGUUAUUUGCUUUUUGCGUUUUGCUGUGCUUCUGGCUUUCAAUCACUCUUUUUGCGAUUGUAAUGUAAUGGGUUUUGGUUAAACGCGCCCAAAUAACUGAUUUAAAACUUUGAUCUACGGAUGCAUUCUCGUUA